AUGUUUCGCUUAUGGGAGCGCCUUAAGAGGCUCCGUCAUUUGUUGUAUGAUUUGAGUAGGGCAGGCACUACUAACUCCCUCCGAAAUAUAAAAACCCUCCAGCAUGAAAUUGAAACUAUUAAACUCUCCCAACCAAUUGAUUGGGAGAAAAUCAAGACUCUGGAGAGUGAGUUAGCUCGGCAAUGGGAGGCAGAAGAACUCUAUUGGCAGCAGAAGUCUAGGGUCCAUUGGUUAAAAAAGGGAGACAAGAAUACUUCUUAUUUUCAUAUAGUGACCAGGAUGCGCCGUAAGAGGAACUUUGUGGUCGGGCUUCGUAAUGCUGAGGGUGCGUGGGUCACUGACGAACCGGGCAAAGCGGGCAUUGCGACUAAUUUCUAUCAGCAUCUAUUCACUUCGGAGACUCAAAUCUCGAACAUGGUUGAUAGAGUGGCAGACUUGCCCAUAGAACGCACGGUUGCCCCCGAGAUAAAUGCCAGCCUAACGGCGGUUGUCCUUCCUGGGGAGGUUCGAAAGACUAUCUUUGCCAUGGGAUCGAAACAGGCCCCUGGGUCUGAUGGAUUCACGGGAAAAUUUUUCAAAUCCUUCUGGGAUAUUGUGGGAGCCUCGGUGGUUGAAGCAGUUUGUUCUUUCUUUGAAACUAGUAAGCUGCUCCGUAGUUUCAACCAUGCUUGGCUUACGUUGAUUCCCAAGGUCGAGUCUGUGGAGAACAUGCGGCAAUUAAGGCCUAUCAGUUUGUGCCCGUUUGUUUAUAAGACCAUUACCAAGAUCAUGGCUGAGAGGCUGGCAGGUUUCUUACCUCUGAUAGUCUCGGAAGGUCAAAAUGCUUUUAUACGAGACCGACAAAUCAUUGAAAACAUCCUGCUAGGGCAUGAGUUAAUGCACUAUUUGAAAAUUAAGUCACGAGGGAAGAAAGGAUACAUGGCUCUGAAGGUUGACAUGGAAAAGGCCUAUGAUAGAGUUGAAUGA